UAUAAGCUGCAGGUUGUGAGCUGAUGCCAACUGAACAUCAGAGAUGGAGAGCGUACUGACAAAACUCGCUUCUGGGAAGCUCAGCACCUACGCUGCAAUCAUUUUGAUGUUUACCUACACUAUUUUGCUCAACAGGGACCUUGCGUGUACUUGCAAAACUCAAGUACAUGGCUGCAAUUUAUAUAUAAGUUUGCCCAUUUUUAUAAUAUUUCUCUUGCUACUCUGGACAGACAAGUCAUUUCAGAGAGUCUGUAGGUACAUGUGUGCCUUUAAAGGCAGUGGGCAGCUUCACACCAGGAGUUUUAUUGGUUAUUUCUUGCGUAAGCUUCUUAAGGCGUUUUUAGUCGGUCUGCUUUGGGUUGCUUUUGUGUUGAUCGACGGAGACUGGCAUGUUUGCUGUAAGAAUAAUGGCUCUGAUCAGGCAGACUUAGCCUGCAAAGACAAGGAGAAUAAUCUGACUCAUGCGGACCGGAUUGCGAUCGCUGAACUGAAAAACACGUCCAAGGUUAGGGGUGGCGUUCUACUCUUUUUUAUCAUUCUGGUGGCAUACCUUAUGACAUGUUUGGGAUUGAAGUGCUGUGGAAAAUCAAGUUUGUGCAACAGAAAUUUUCUACAUGACAAACGGAUUUUGGAGGGAGAGGAAAAUGCACUGAAAGAGAUGCUGAAGGAAGUAACAAAAGAAGAGAUGAUUAAAGUCAAGGACCAAAUACGUCUCGGAAAUUGGGACCAGGUUGCUGAAGAACUACGUAAAGCAUCUGCUGAGAGAAAGACACAGGCAGCAACAACAGUUGAAGCAGCAACCGGAACAACAGCCGAAACAGCAACAACAGUUGAAACAGCAACAACAGUUGACGCAGCAACCGGAACAACAGCCAAAACAGGAACAACAGCUGAAACAGCAACAACAGUUGAAGCAGCAACUGGAACAACAGCCGAAACAGCAACAACAGCCGAAACAGCAACAACAGCCGAAACAGGAACAACAGCUGAAACAGCAACAACAGUUGAAGCAGCAACCGGAACAACAGCCAAAACAGGAACCGGAACAACAGCCAGAGCGGCAGCACCGCGACAGGAGAAGGACCAGGAACAGAUAAAGAUGUCUGUCAUACACCAGCGGGAUGACAAGAGUUGCGUGGAAACUGACGAGGUGAGACGCUGACAGAUGUUCUGUUUGACAGAGGAGGAGCCAGGUCCAUCAAGCGACCCAUAAAUGCUGGCAGACUUUGAUGGUUUACACAACAAAGUGUUGAGAAAUUCUACUGAGCUUUAUUCAGAAAUUCUACUGAGCUUUAAUCUGUAACUGAACUGUUUAUCAGGGAUGCAGCUGCAGCUUCUUUGCUUUUCUGAUUCAUACUGACCUUUUUAAUAUUAUAGUUUUAUAUUUUCUGUGUUCAGCCUUCAGAGUUCUGUUGAAGUUAAUCUGAUGCUGUAAAUAAAUGUUGACAUUAGGAGGAUGGUGGUGAGGCCAAGAAUGAGUUCUCCUGAUGCUCCUUAAACUAAACUACCCUGAAAGGACCAGGUCUGGAGGACGGAGAGAUUCAGAGACUGAAAAGAUGGAACUCUGCUCUGAGCACUGAGGAGAGCUUCCUGUUGCAGAAACUCCUGUCUGUGAAACCAGCUGUUUAAUGUUGACCUGAAGAAAAAAAGAGAACUUCACCUUCCUGUUUGCUCUGUUGUGUUUGACUUUGUAUCAACCUGUUAAUCAGUUUUACUAUGUUUAUUAUUAUAGAUGUAGUUAAGUUUGCUGGUCAUUAACCAGGUUCAGCUGUCUGGACGUAGGAACAGUAAGAUAAGAAUAAGUUUUACUUUGUAGGAGCUUCUGCUUUGUGCUUUUACUUAAUAAAACCAAAUAGAUCGUUUUGAUCUAUUGAAAGACA